UUUGCUAUGAAUGUGCGUUCAGCUGGCUGAUUGUUUUGCUUUCGUCGCCGUCUGAAAAGAAAAGAAACCGCGUACCGAAUCCGACGUGAUUUUUCUGCCCACUUCCCGGGGGCUACUGGUCGUCUUUUAAAUGUAAUUUUCGACUCAACUUCCGUCUUGGAUCUAUACGUACUAGAAGGACUGGCCGAACGGAUAUUGAAAAUGCAAGUCCACUUGAUUGGAGGGCGACCCUCCGAUUUGGAAGACAUGGACAUGGACCAGCAUCAGCAUAAUCACGUUGGAUUUAGUCAAAGACGGAAUGCGUCUUUGCAACGGAGCCAAGAUUCGGGUGCGUUGACUGAUUGGUCGGGCGGAAGCCGUGGCAGUCCCACCAGGCAAUCGUGUCACAGUCUCGAGCGUGAUGACUCGCACAAAUACGUCACCGUAUUGUCCGUCAAUGGCGGACUCAAUUUGCAAAGCCGUCAAUUGCAGCCGCAAAACGACAGCCUCAUCCAAUCGGAUGCGGAUGAUUUUGUCACCGUUUUAUCGAUCGGAUCGCGUCAAACGAAGAACGACAAAGAAGAAGAAGAAGAAGAAGAAAGCCAACCCGUUUCAAUGGCUGUCGGCAGCGUUUGCCUGAGUUUGUCCGGAUUCGUCGAAGAAGUGGCUUGCGUAACGAGACGGGUCGGACAGAAAUUGGGAUUCGGUUUGAAAUUCGACGGCGGUAACGAGUGCGACCUGCCCAUUCAACGCCUCUUUGUCCAGUGCUGCGCCGAAGGCAGUCCAGCAUCAAACGUUCGAUGCUCGUGGGGCCGGCUCGUCGAAGCGGAUGAGAUCAUCGAGAUUGGCGGGGUCGACAUCCGUAACACGCUCAAUCGACUCCAAGUGGUCGGUAUGUUGAAAGACAGCCAGCAGGACGUGCUGUCACUGAAAAUACGUCACUACUGGGACCAGAGUAAGCGCACUGACAUCAUGGAACAGCUAAACAGCGUCUUUUCGACUCCAAAACCGGCCGCCUGCCAUGCCGUCGUCGAGUCGAAACCUCCUGUCACUCGGAAAAUGUCCACCCGUCAACAACAAGAGAGAGCCGUCGACGUUCCAGAAGAGCUGCUCACUCAGUCGGUGAUGCGAACCGGUCAGCGUCCGAUCGCAUGGAAAGGGCAUCCGCCAAUCGAUGAGCCACCUCCUCCGGUACCCCCAAGGCGUAAACGCCGCAGCAAAUUGACGCACAACAAAUCGACGCUGGGGGCCACUAGCAAGACGAUCAUCUGUCGCUCUUUGUCUUCGGAUGAAGUACUCAUCAACGGCAACCGUGUAACAGUUUCCGGCGCUGUGGCCGCUUCUACGCCCAGCAAACCGCCGCGCAAUUAUCGGCCGCAACAUUCGCGCAGUUUUAACGCCACGCACAGCAAUAGCAGCAAGGACGAUCGUGAAAUGCAAGAGGUUCAAGCGCCCGCCACACUGCCGAGGACAAAAGAAUUUAUUGGUCAGCAACUAGCGCCGCCCGAACCUAAAGAGCGGACACGCCGUAAUAAUACUUUGCUGACAAUCAACGCUGAUUGGUGUGCACCGCAGCCGGCUGAAAUCUACACCAACUUGAUUGCCGAAGAAGACAAACGACUCAUGUCGAUCGACACUUGCUCAGCCACGGAAUCGGAAAGCGAAUCCAGUUCGAGUGUGUCGACGGUGGUGGACAAUUGGUCCGUUGUCAGUUCCACGUCCGGAGGGGAUCCUUUUGGCGAUUUCAGCGAACACGAAGAGUAUCGCGAAUUUUGUCAUCAACCGGCUGAUGAAAAACGUCCCAAUAAAAUGAUUAUCGAGCAGCAGCAGCUGGUGCCGGAUGUUGGGGUCGGCGAGUCGACGCUGUCCGUCCUCAUUGAACCUCCCGAAACAUUUUUGGAUCAAGGGCCGACGAGCAUUUCUCCGACGUUGUCUAGCGAAGAAAAUCUUCAGCAUCAAGACGCUUCUUCCGAUUCGGGCGCCUCUUCCGGCGGCAGUGAACUUCACUUGGGCGAAUCGGAUGAAGAGUUGCGCGCCUUCCAGCAGAUGGAGAACGCCCUGGAAACGGAGAAAUUGGAACAGACACGCAGCGCCAUCUCUGAUGCAACGAUGGCAGUUGAAGCUAAUAACGACAGUGGCGCCAUCGAGCGUCCAGAAACGCCCAUCCAGCAAAGUGCCAUCUGUGUUCCAGAUACUCAGGUGGAGGAAAAUGAUGAACCACCAAUGGAAUGUCAAGCGGAUAAGCCAGUCAAGAGGAGUUCCAGUAGCAGCCGGAAAGAGGGCGUUCAUUCGGUGAACAAGAAAGCCGAUUUGGCCAACGGCAAUUCCAGCAAUAAAAAUAAAAUUGGAUCUAAAUUGAAUUUAAAUCGAACUCCACUUCGAUCUAAAAUUCCACAGGCCGUGUCAACGCCCCCGCCAGUGACACGUCCAGCAUCCGCCAUUCCGUCCACGCGCAAUGGCCGCCCGUUGGCAAACAAUAAAGCGUCGAAUAUUGCAGGUCCCAAAGUGGUCAACAAAACGAGUACCAGCGCCAACAAUAUUGCGAUCCGGCAACAAAAUCAUUACAAUAGCAGCAUCCAGUCUAGCCGGAUGUUAUCGACGAAAACCACGCCCACUAUUGGCCAGCAGAGAAUAGGAUCGAACGAGAACAAGUCGACUGUCGCAUCAGCGUCCAGUUCGACGAAUCUGCUCAAGAGCGUGAAACCGGGAUUAGCUCAACCGACUGCGGCCAUUCAUGGCAGCAGAAUCCCACGGCCUAGCAGCUCUUCCGGUGGCCAGCCAGCUAAAAGCAGCCCGUCAGCUGCAACGGCACGACUUGGAAGCCACGCUAGUAGCUCAUCGUCGGCCAUGUUGGCUGCUGCUCAUCGUCAUCCCUCGUCUCCUUCGUUAUUAUUACAAGCCAACAACAGGACGACGACGACAACAACAAGCGGGGUCAAAUCUUGCAUUCCUUCUUCGCAUCUGCACAAGUCGACAAGUCGUCUCCACCUCACGCACAACAACAAAGGUGAGUCGUCUCUCAUCAGGUCUGACCUGGUUUCAGCCCACUGAAAGGAGAAGAAUAGAAGCAAAGAAGGAAAAACGCUUUUUUUUUCCCAUAUCUUUUAUUGCAGUCUCUCGCUCUCUUCAUCAAACCAACACACACAAUUUAUUUCGUGUUCCAGUUUUUGCGCUAUGUUCGUGUGUAUUUUUCUUUGACGACUGUACGCCACAAUGGAAACUCCACUCCCUCCUCAUUCUCUUAUUUGAAUAUCCCCAUUACCUACAUCCCAUUUUUUUGUUUACCUGUUCGACUGUAGUUGAUUGUCAGUACCGCGCUCGUGUAAUAACUAUAUGGCUUUUUAUACACCUACUUACUCCGCCUUCAUAUACCAACAGACUUGACAUACACAGUUUUAUCAGGCAUCAAAAAAUAAAAAGAAAUCCUUGGUU